UAAAAUACCACCAAAUAAACUCUCGGACAAAAGAAAAAGAAAAGAGAAGAAUUAUUUAUAUAUUUUUUGUUUAACGUGUUCCUGAGUUUUCCUUUGAUCUUGUAAUUGUAAUUGUAAUCUGUCUUACCAAAAAUUGAAUUAUUAUUAUUUUCUCACCAUCGCUGGGUGCUUAUCACUGCUUGAUUCUGGCCAGCUCUUGAUAUUUACGGGCAAUAUAUUCCAGGAUAGAAGGAAGGAUGUGGUAGCAUUGUCUUAGAUAUAUCUAUAUCAAAAUAUGGCAGGACUAGAGGAAUUGAAAAAGAAACUGGUACCACUUUUCGAUGCAGAGAAGGGCUUUUCUUCAGGAUCAACAUUGGAUCCUUCUGAUUCUUAUAUGCUGUCAGAUGGCGGGACUGUUAAUUUGCUUAGUCGAUCCUAUGGAGUAUACAACUUUAAUGAGCUUGGAUUGCAAAAGUGCACAUCUAGAUCGGUGAAGGAUGUGGACGACUCAGAAAGGACUUAUCAGUGUGCUUCACAUGAAAUGAGGAUAUUUGGAGCGAUAGGUAGCGGUGCAAGCAGUGUAGUUCAAAGAGCAAUUCAUAUUCCUACCCAUAGAAUUAUUGCAUUAAAGAAGAUAAACAUCUUUGAAAAGGAGAAAAGGCAACAGCUUCUUACUGAGAUAAGAACGUUGUGUGAGGCACCUUGUUAUCAAGGUCUGGUGGAAUUUUAUGGAGCGUUUUACACUCCUGAUUCAGGGCAAAUAAGCAUUGCUCUAGAGUAUAUGGAUGGGGGGUCACUAGCUGAUGUAAUAAAACGACAGAAAUGUAUACCCGAAGCAGUCCUUUCUUUGAUGGUUCAAAAACUGUUGCAAGGACUAAGCUACUUGCAUGGAAGUAGAUACUUGGUCCACAGAGACAUAAAGCCUGCAAAUUUGCUAGUAAAUCUCAAGGGAGAACCAAAAAUAACGGAUUUCGGGAUAAGUGCUGGUUUAGAGAACUCUAUGGCAAUGUGUGCUACGUUUGUUGGAACUGUAACAUACAUGUCACCUGAACGAAUCCGAAAUGAAAGUUACUCAUAUCCGGCUGAUAUUUGGAGCCUUGGUCUUGCUCUUUUUGAGUGUGGUACGGGUGAAUUUCCAUAUACAGCAAAUGAAGGACCUGUAAAUCUUAUGUUACAGAUCCUAGAUGACCCAUCUCCAUCACCACCAAAAGACACUUUUUCUCCAGAGUUCUGCUCAUUCAUUGAUGCUUGUCUACAGAAAGAUGCUGAGGCAAGACCAACAGCAGAGCAGCUUCUUUCGCAUCCAUUUAUCACAAAGUAUGAGGAUGCCACAGUGGACUUGGCGGCAUUUGUUCGUAGCAUUUUUGAUCCAACCCAAAGAAUGAAAGAUUUGGCAGAUAUGCUAGCUGUACAUUACUAUUUACUAUUUGAUGGGUCCGAUGAACUUUGGCAGUAUGCGGAGAGCUUCUAUAAUGAAGACUCAACUUUCAGCUUCUCAGGGAAAGAAUCUGUUGGGCCUAAGGAUAUUUUCACAACUCUAUCGAACAUUCGGUGUACAUUAGCUGGUGAAUGGCCUUCUGAAAAGCUUGUGCACGUUGUUGAGAAGCUUCAAUGCAGAGCUCAUGGCAAAGAUGGAGUUGCAAUCCGUGUGUCGGGAUCAUUCAUUGUCGGAAACCAGUUCCUUAUAUGUGGAGACGGUAUACAGGCAGAAGAUGUACCUGAUUUUAAAGAUCUUAAUAUCGACAUACCUAGUAAACGAAUGGGAACGUUUCAAGAGCAAUUUAUAAUGGAAGCUGGGAAUGUCAUUGGCCGUUACUCCAUUGCCAAACAAGAGCUUUACAUCAUACAAUAGAUUAUUCCGUAGUUUAAUGGAUUCAAGCUAAUAGGUUUUCUACAUGCGUUGGAGUUUUGGUUCGUUCUUGUCUGAACCUAUGUAUUUUGGUUCGUUCUUGUGCCUAUGACUCGCUCCACGAUGAAAGGAUUGCUCCAUAUUGUUGUAACAUUAACUAUAUAUUUGUAAAGCUUGUAUGUCAUUUAGUUACGACAACGCUUUGCAACCCCUAGUAAUAUGGUGGUUAUUUAUGGAACUAAACCCAUAUGGAAAUGUUUGAAAUUAA